AUGAGAUGACCUUGCGCUAGCUUAAUUAUUGGGCGCUUGAUUGUAUUUCGCAAUGUUACCCGUGACACUCCUCAAAGCUGCAACGAAUCUUCCUAUGCUUGUUGAGUUGAAAAGUGGUGAAACUUAUAACGGUCACCUUGUUGCUUGCGAUGACUGGAUGAACAUUCAUCUUAAAGAAGUUAUUUGUACAUCUCGAGAUGGGGACCGCUUCUGGAAAAUGCCAGAGUGUUAUAUUCGUGGAAGCAUAAUAAAAUAUUUACGGAUUCCAGACGACGUAAUCGAUAAGGUUAAAGAGGACUUGCAGCUAGCCAAAAUGCGUAAUCGCUCUCAGUCUGCAGACACUGGGCGUGGGAGUUUUCAUAGAAAUAAGGCUAGAGGUCGGGGUGGUAAUGCUCCUAAUACUCGAGGUCGUGGAGGAGCAGGGCGUGGCGGGAGUGUACCUGGUGGUCCUGGUCGUGGUGGAGGAUUUCGUGGUAAAUAAGAAAGUCACUAAUUAUGAAUCUAAAUGUACUGUUUACUAUUUUGUGAAUAUUGACAAACUCACUUAUUUCCUUUCACAGUGUUAUAUAAAACAGAUAAUUUUAACUACAAAAAAUUACUUCCCAAGUGAAUGUAGUUAGACUACGCAAGACCAUACUCUUUCGGGUGUCACUAAGCACUCAGGCGUGUUCACUGAAUUCCACUGGUCAUCCUUAUAAAUCUACACAGUCUAUUAUAAGUAGGAGAAGCAAAGUAAUUGAUCCACAGGGUCAUAGGUUAUUACUCCAGCACUAUAGAAUAGAAAUCAUAGUCAGGAAACACGGCUUCAGUUGGGCGUCUGUAAAGUGUGGAGAAUUGAAAUAUUUAAAGUUUUUGACAAACAGAUUCAGUUAACAUCAUCACGCAUAGAAAUGAGAUGUGUUCUCAGUAUUAAGGGGAAAAUAUAUUAUCGUAACAGUUAUCUAGACAAGAAUAGUUUGGUUCUACUUGCGGUUAUUGGCCAGUAAUCGAGGUAUGAGUUUGUCACGAAUAUUAGAAUAAUCAACACGAAACUUAGUCGUAGUCGUAUAGUUGAACCACCGAUCCACAUCUCGAGUAACCAGUAUGAAUACAAAUAAGGAUGAGAGGGAGUCAGAUAGCCACCAACUAGGUGCUCCUAAGAUGUUUGUUUAUGAAUGAGAUAAACAGGACUGCCGAAUUUCUAGGGCAGAAAACAUUGAUUGCAUGGAAUUUUACUCCUAAAAUUAUUUUGUUUGAGAUAUAAUCAAGCGUUACAGGCAACGAUAUACAGUUGCUUAUUUGAGACUAGGAAUGCUGUUCGGUAGGUUUGUAAUGUUACUAUUGAUCCCACGAUUAAUUAGUGGAGAUAAUCUCAGUAACAGAAAAUUAAUAUGAAGGAGAAGAGGGUUGAUGGUCGGAUAAGGAUCAUCAAGUUUUUGGUUGUGUAGAGGAGCGGUAAUUCUCGGGUAUCAUCAUUGUUAAAAACUAGAGAGAUAAUUGAAUGAUAAAGUUUUUUGGUGUUGUUGCAGAACCACAAUCACUUGUCUUACUAAAAAUGUUGGAUUCCGGACUACAAUAUGCAAUAUUGAUGACCCUGUCAUACUGGAAUAAGUAGGAAUGUACUUCGUUAGAAACCUUUACUCGUGUAUGUCGUAUGAAUGGCUUAAAUAAAUAGCGAAUUAAUGUGAUCUCCAAAACCAUUGAUUACUAUUUGUGUAGAAGUAAUCUAGUAUUAUUAAGUUUUCCGUAAUGUCGAGAGGAUUUGUGAUUAGUCUUGCGAACAUAAAGAUUCCGAAGACAUGCCACCCAAAUUAGCUGUCAGUUUGAAUCCAUUUGCUUAUUAAGACGGCAUCAUAAUCGUUCCUGAUCCAUGGUUGAUGUUCGCUUGUUGUUUAAACCGAACAAUGAAGUUAGAUGACAGAAUAAUAAUAAUACCUUUGUAACUGAUGUUGCAUAGCAAACUAUUUAGAAAUCGUUAGCAGAAUUUUACGUGAAAUUCAUUACCAUCGAAUUAAACACCCGAAGUGUUAUCA